AAAGAUUCCAUGAAGACCUAAACCCUAGAACCGGAAGAAAAUCUUAUCGCAACUCCAAAACCUAACCAUGCAGGAAUCCGCCAUCAAAGUUCUGGAAUCGAAGGAUAGUGAUGCAGAGAUUCGAGAAAGCAGCAUUAGCAGGAUUGCGGUGGAGGGAUACGACACCUCCCUUCCUAGAGAAGAUGUCGAUGAUGCUUUGAGAGAACACUUCGCUUCAUGUGGAAACAUAAUACAUGUCUAUGUUCCCAUAGACGAGAAUAGUGGUACCCUCUGCAGUUAUGCCUUAAUUUAUGUUAAUGAAGAAGAUGUAGAAAAGGCGCUGAGGCUUGAUGGAAGUGACAUGAGAGGACAUAUUUUAAAAAUUCAGUCUUACGCGUUUCACCAAAAUCACCUUAAUGAGGUCUUGGACCAGAUGAAAGAAGGCCGACUCUAUCGGCCACAACACACGAUCAUGGUUACGGGUUGUGACAAUUUCCUUCCUAUCAAUGUUAUCGAGAAGGAGCUAGAGAAAUAUUUCUCUGCAAUCGGCUCUUUUGUUUACCGAGACGAAACCGCUUCUGGUGCUAUCAUUACCCCAGCCAGAGUUUAUGUCCGUGGACAAGAGGGUGUAGAAAAGGCGCUGGAACGUAGUGGACGUUCUGUAGGAGGUUUGAAUUUUGCAGUUACUGUGGUUGAUCCACUUCCAAAAAUAAUACCCACGAUUGGCUACAUGCACCCACAUAACUUUACUGUCGUGCCUAAGGAGCUGAUAGAAAAUCCAAAUAUAUAUUACGUCUUUGAGAAGAAGACUGAGACUACGGCGGGAAAUCAGCAGAAGAAAAAGAGCAAGACUACGGAGAGAAAUCAGAAGAAGAAGAAUAAGAAGAAGGAGAAGAAGAGCAAGACCAGGGAGGCAUACCAGAAGAAGAAGAUGAGUGAGACUAGGGAGGGAAAUCAGAAGAUGAAGGGAGUAGAAAUCUCUUUCUGAGGAGAAGAAGACAUAUGCUUUUUAUGAUAUUAACUUGUGUGCAAUGCAACCCUUCUUUUCUUUUGUCUGGAUAUUUAAUGUGUUAUGUCGUUUUUGUGUUGAUGUUUAGCAACUCAGGACAGAUCAAAAUCUACAUUCCAGUAAUUUGUUCACAGCUAUUCCUGUAAUGGAUCAAAAUCCAAUCUCAAAAAUAGUCCAUCUGCUCUAUCAACCUCUGUAAUUCCUCUUUUGUCGUUACUCGGGGUUUUCCAACUUCUAAAAAACUGGCAAGUGUGGCUACAAUAACCCAGGUACGUAAAUUUGAUUCUUUAUUGUUUUUUUUUUAACUAAGUAAAACCUUUCAUUUAUUCUUCUGUUUGUUUGUUUGUUUCAGUUAUUGAGGGACAUCAGAAAAAGAAGAAGAGUAAGAUUACGGAGUAGAAAUCUUUAUCUUAUGAGAAGACAUGCUCUUUUAUGAUAUUAACUUAUUAUGAAUGCAAUGCAACCUUCUUCUUUUUUUGUUUGUCUGGAUGUUAAAUGCAACCUCAAGUAUGUUGUUUUUGUGUGGAUGUUCAAAGUAAAUUAAAUAAUAAUUAGCUGCAUUAGUUACUUUGUUUGGGGCUACAAAGUGAAAAGCAAGUUUUUUUUUUUUGUCAAUAAAUUCCAUUCAAACUUCAAAGUCAAAAGACUUGAACCAAGAUCCAAAAGAACAGCAACAAGAAAAGAAAAGACAUCAGUAGAUGCCAUAAGGCUAACGCCAAAACAGAAA